GACUCUGUAGUACAUCUCCUGGGAAAGGCCAAAAAACUUGUAACUUUUACUGAAGAUAAUGGGUGGACACCUCUUCACUAUGCAGUAUAUUAUGAAUUUGAUUCAAUACUUGAUGCCAUAAUAAAAGCACAAAAAGAUGUGGAACACUCAUUUGUGUACCAAAAGAUGGAGACAACGCCAUUUUAUGUAGCUGUUAAACAUGGAUAUACUUCUAUGCUGAUACGACUUAUGGAAUUAUGGCCGGCUUCAUCUUCUUCUGCGGACUCUCCAUACACAAUUGUUACUCAAGAUGGUCAAAAUAUAUUACAUUUGGCAGCUGCGGCUGAUGCUGCUGAAAAUAGGAAAGCGGUCGCUGAUUCUGCUGAUAAAAGAAAAGCUGCUGCUGAUAACAGAAAAGAGAUGGUACAAGCUAUUCUUAAAUAUUGUCCGAAACCAUACAAGGACAAUAUGUUGAAACAACCAGAUAUCAACGGUGAUACUCCUCUCCAUCUAAUUAUCUCCCAUGGUUGUUUUAUCCCCAAACUAGUAAAACAUAAAGGACUUGAUACAACGACAAAAAACAAGAAAGAUUUUACUCCUAUGGACAUGCUGUAUGUUGAAGAUACCAUUGUUGAAGAUCAGGUGCAUAUUAAAAUUGCCCUCGACGAUGUCCAGAAUGAUCGAUCAAUUUGGAAGCUUUGGGGUAAAAGAGCAGAGAAGGAAACAAGUAUUUGGAAAUGUAAUAAAACCUCCUCAAGUAAACGAAAGAAUAAAGAUGUGAAAUUUGAGAUAGAGAAAAGAGACAUAGAGCAGAAAAUGCAUAAACAGAGGAGAGAAGAUCUAGAAAGAUAUAAAACAAGGACCAACACCCAGAUAUUAGUUAUUGCCCUUAUAACGACAGUAACUUUUACGGUAGGAUUCACGAUGCCGGGUGGUCUCCAUCAAAGUGGAGAGGUUGGAGAAGGUUUGGUGGUUUUGUCUAAAAAGAGAGCUUUUAACAUCUUCAUGAUGUCGGAUGCAUUAGCUCUGCUAAUGUCAACAUCUUCAUUGUUUUUAUACUUCCUUGAAUCAAUGAAUGAUGAUCCACACGAAGUUUCACUACUCAAUGCCUCAUCCACGGUGCUCAACAUUCUUUCUAUUAUGGGGAUGAUGUUGACAUUCAUUGCAGGAACAUAUGUGGUCUUAUCCGACUCACGGGCUCUAGCCAUUGCUGUGUGCACUACUGGUUCCCUCUUCUUUUUACUUAUUCUUCUGUGCAGUGGCGGAACCAGGAUUAAUUUCGACCCCGGACUAAACUAUUAUUAA